UCCCUUUCACAAGACAGAAGAAGACUUGAACAAACUAUCUCCAAACGCUGAGGUUGCGUCGAUUCCUCGUUGUUUUUUCUCGUUUCAUUGUCUCGGAUUUGGGUUGCGCUCGGCUUGGUUUCCUCCGCUCCGCUUGUCCUCGCAGGAUGGCAAUGGCUGCAGCAGCUCCCACUGUGCCCAUCUGCCAUGGCCGCCGUGCCUCGCCUUGCUCCUCCAAACAGGUUUCCGUGAGCGUGAGCGUUGCGAUGCGCGCUUGGGCGUCGAAGUCGUCGUCAUUGUCGUCUUCCUCGAGCAAGUCGCCUCGUCUGGUGGCUGCGCACGCCACUGCCGUCGCGACCAAGGAGGCUGCGUCGACUACUUCGUCGAGCCAGGGAGGACACGAACUUUUGAUGUUCGAGGCCUUACGCGAGGGGCUGAGCGAGGAGAUGGAGCGAGACCCGAAGGUGUGUGUGAUUGGAGAGGACGUCGGGGACUACGGGGGCUCAUACAAGGUGACAAAAGGGUUCAGUGAGAAGUUUGGUUCUUGGCGGGUCCUGGACACGCCCAUCGCGGAGAAUUCUUUCACCGGAAUGGCUAUUGGGUCAGCCAUGACGGGCCUGAGGCCCGUGGUUGAGGGGAUGAACAUGGGUUUUCUGCUGCUGGCGUAUAACCAAAUCGCUAACAAUUGUGGGAUGCUGCACUACACGUCGGGUGGGCAAUUCACCAUUCCCAUCGUGAUCCGCGGGCCUGGAGGUGUGGGCAGGCAGCUGGGUGCGGAGCACUCGCAGCGGCUGGAGUCAUACUUCCAGUCGGUGCCGGGGCUGCAGAUGGUAGCAUGCUCUACGCCUUAUAACGCCAAGGGGUUGAUGAAGGCUGCCAUCCGGUGCGAGAACCCAGUGAUAUUAUACGAGCACGUGCUGCUGUACAACCUGAAAGAGAAGAUUCCCGACGAGGAGUACGUGUGCUGCCUGGAGGAGGCCGAGAUGGUGCGCCCGGGCACUGAAAUCACCAUCUUGACAUACUCUAGGAUGAGAUAUCACGUGACACAGGCUGCGAAGACCCUGGUGGACAGGGGAUACGACCCAGAGAUCAUCGACAUCCGGUCGCUGAAGCCAUUUGACAUGUACACAAUCGGAGAGUCGGUGAGGAAGACGCACCGGGUGCUGAUUGUAGAGGAGUGUAUGCGGACGGGAGGCAUCGGUGCGAGUUUGAGGUCAGCGAUCAUGGAGAGCUUUUGGGAUGAGCUGGACGGGCCGAUUGGGUGUCUGUCGUCGCAGGACGUUCCAACGCCGUACUCGGGUCCUCUGGAAGAGCUCACGGUGGUACAGCCUCACCAGAUAGUGACGGCUGUGGAGAACUUGUGUGGGAAGAAGUGAAUCUGAGCGCGGCAUCCAACGUACUUCGGUAGAUUCAGGCCGAGGGGUGUUUUAGAGUGUAUUUGAUUCACAGAUGGCAGGUUGGUGCAGCUAGUGGCAGGUUGAUUUAACUCUUUGUUCGUCAAAAAAAAACAAGAUUUUUACGGAGAAGUCUCAGUAGACCUGUGCUGGACAUCUUCCUGAUAGCGGAAAUUGCAUAGGUAGAAGUUUCUCCACUGAUAGUUACCCGAAGUAAAUAGCGCUUAUGGUUAGAAGCCCCUACCUUUCACUUAUAACAUAGAAGUUAAGAUUAUUGUAGUGGAUUCAUUUUAGGCCGUAAGGUUAUAGGAGAUGAGUAGAAUCAGUCUUAUGUGAGCACUUAUGGUUGCCACUUGUGUUGGUAUUACUUCUUUGAUAUACAUGUUUAGAUAAAUUUAUGCUGCUGCCUUUAUGGGGUUGUUUUGUGAA